AUCAAAUACAAUUAAUAAAAGACCAAAAUGUAUAAGAUCCUCAGCCUCCUCGCUUUGGUGACCGUCGUGGUUGCUGAUUACCAUGCCCACGGCCAUGCUUUCUCGUCUCAAUAUAUUUCCCGACAUGAUGGACACCAUCAUCCUGUUUUUAGUCAUCUUGGACAAGGUUACCAUAGUCAUCACGGACAUGGCCAUGAAAAUCAUGGUCACCAUAAUCACAAGGGUCAUAGUCACGCGUUCUCUUCUCAGCACAUAUCUCGGCAUGAUGGUCAUCAUCAUCCCGUGUAUCAUGGUCACCAUGGACAUCAUCAACACCACGUUGACUAUUACGCUCACCCCAAAUACGAGUUCGAGUACAAAGUCUCCGACCACCACACCGGAGACCACAAAAGCCAACAUGAGACACGGGAUGGGGAUGUCGUAAAGGGAUAUUACUCCUUCCAUGAGCCUGAUGGCUCCGAAAGGGUGGUCCACUAUCACGCCGAUAAACAUAGCGGAUUCCAUGCAACAGUGAAGCAUAACACCCACCACAUAAUCCCUCACCAUCAUCACUACUAAACGUUUUAAUAAAUUGUAAAAAUCUAGGUUCUAACUUUAUAAACAUAUGUUAAAUUUUACCUAAUA